AUGGUUCCUCUCCCCCAGGAGCGAGGUGGCAACAACUCCUUCACCCAUGAAGCCCUCACGCUCAAGUACAAACUGGACAACCAGUUUGAGCUGGUGUUUGUGGUGGGCUUUCAGAAGAUCCUGACUCUCACCUAUGUGGACAAGUUGAUAGAUGACGUUCACAAGGAGUUCAGGGACAAGUACCGCAAUGAGUUCCAGCAGAAGGGCGCCCUGGGCCUCCUCAGCGGCACUUUUGAUUUUAAAGACGACUUCAUGCGCCUCCUUCGGGAUGCAGAGGAGAGCAGCAAAGUCCGAGCUCCCACGGUGAUGAAGACGUUUGAGCAGUCUCUGAAGUCCCAGAAGACUGUCAAGUGUAUGAUAGAAACCCGAGGGGAGAAACCAAAGGAGAAGGUCAAGAACAAGAAGAACAAAGGUUCCAAAAAAGAGGGAGCUGAAGCUGUCGCAGCGUCCGGGAAAGCGUCGGUGGGUGAGAAGCAGCAGCCCUCCCCAGCUGGGGACAGGGAGGAGCUGACCAAGGAUGAGAUCCUGCAGAAGAACCGAGAGGAAUUCUUCAGGAGACACAUCAAAGCAGGAGAGAAGUCCAGCAAGUCCCCAAAGCCUGAGGCACAGAAGGAGAAGGGCAAGAAGCCCCGAGUGUGGGACCUGGGGAACUCUAAUGCCAAAGUGCUGGAUUACAGCAACCCCGCUACCAACGGGAGCACCGAGGCCUGUCCUGCCGAGGAGUUUGACCCUGACAGAGCCCUGGGGGAUCGAAAUCGGGAGCCCGGCCGCCUCUAUGACCUUGAGUAUGAGAGCGAGGAUGAAGCUGAAGAGGAGAAGGUUCUUCAGAACCCUUCAAAACCCAGUGCGAAGAAGGGUGGCCUGGGGGGCAUGUUUGGCAUGCUGAAAGGUCUGGUGGGCUCCAAGAGCUUGACCAGGGAGGACAUGGACCCGGUGCUGGAGAAGAUGAAGGAUCACUUGAUCGCUAAAAACGUGGCAGCAGAGAUCGCAGUCCAGCUCUGCGAGUCCGUGGCCAAGAAACUGGAAGGGAAGGUGAUGGGAACAUUCACCACGGUGACCUCAACAGUGAAGCAGGCCCUGCAGGAGGCUCUGGUGCAGAUCCUGCAGCCCCAGCGCCGCGUUGACGUCCUGCGCGAUGUCAUGGACGCCCAGCGCCACCGCCGGCCCUACGUGGUGACCUUCUGCGGCGUCAACGGUGUCGGGAAGUCCACCAACCUGGCCAAGAUCUCGUUCUGGCUUAUCGAGAAUGGUUUCAGUGUCCUCAUCGCGGCCUGUGACACCUUCCGGGCGGGGGCGGUGGAGCAGCUCCGCACCCACACGCGUCGCCUCAACGCGCUGCACCCCCCGGAGAGCCACGGCGGGAGGACCAUGGUGCAGCUCUACGAGAAGGGCUAUGGCAAGGACGCCGCCGGCAUCGCCAUGGAGGCCAUCUCCUAUGCUCGGAACCAGGGCUUCGACGUGGUGCUGGUGGACACGGCGGGUCGCAUGCAGGACAACGCGCCCCUGAUGACGGCCUUGGCCAAACUCAUUGCUGUCAAUGCUCCUGACCUGGUCCUGUUCGUUGGGGAAGCGCUGGUGGGGAACGAGGCUGUGGAUCAGCUGGUCAAGUUCAACAAGGCCCUGGCUGAUCACUCCAUGGCCCAGACGCCGCGGCUCAUCGACGGGAUCGUCCUCACCAAGUUCGACACCAUCGAUGACAAGGUGGGAGCUGCCAUCUCCAUGACCUACAUCACGAGCAAGCCCAUUGUUUUUGUUGGUACUGGACAAACCUACUGUGAUCUGCGAAGCCUUAACGCCAAGGCCGUGGUUGCAGCGCUCAUGAAGGCCUGA